AGGAGGAAGAGGAGGAGGACGAGGAGGAGGACGAGGAGGAAGAGGUGAAUCUUGGGGAAAUCAUCAGGGUAACAGGGGAAGCCAAAGUCCCAAGCAACACACCAGCCACGGAGAGCACGGAGGGUUGGAGCAGACCACAGCUGAGGGAUUGAAGAUCAUUCUGUGCAGGGGAAACAUUGAGGACCAGACUACUGACGUCAUCGUCAACACCAUCUCAGAGGACAUGAACCUGAGGCAGGGAGCUGUGUCCAAAGCCAUCCUGUCAGCAGCUGGAAGCAGUCUGCAGGACGCCAUCUACUCUGAAGCCAGAAGGGACACACUGCAAGACGGGGAAGUCGUCGUCACUGACAGCUACAACCUCACAUGUCUCAAAGUCUUUCAUGCUGUUUGUCCAUCCUGGGACAACGGAGGCGGCCAGGCAGAGGAGUUAACGUCCAUCAUCAGAUACUGUCUGGUGGAGGCUGAGAAACGUCAGAUGGCAUCGUUGUCCUUCCCAGCCAUCGGGACAGGACACCUGAGCUUCCCCAGAGCCCUGGUGUCCAAACUCCUGCUGAGGGAGAUCCGCUCGUACAGCAGCAGCAGAAACCCUCGCUGUCUGAGAGAGGUGGUCAUCGUCGUUCACCCCAGUGACAGCCAAACCGUGGAUUGUUUCUCCAGGGAGUUCACUGGUCAGGGUGCUGCAAGGAACAUGCAGCAUGAAGCACGUGAUUUUAGUGAGUUACCAGGCAAGUUACCAGCUCAUCAAUCCGCCAGCCAAUCACAACACUCCUCAGCCUCCUUCGGUCCAGUCCUGUCCACCUCCCUCGGUGUGUACCAGAUGCAGAUGGGUCAGCUCACCCUUGAGGUGUCAUCUGGUGACAUCACCAAAGACACGAGUGAUGUCAUUGUCAACUCCUCGAAUAAAACCUUUAACCUUAAAGCAGGAGUCUCCAGGGCGAUCUUGGAAGGCGCUGGAAUAGCAGUUGAGCUGGAGUGUGCUCAGAUUGUGAGUUCAUUGGCUCAGCCUCGUGCAAUGAUCCUGACAUCAGCAGGGCAGCUGCCCAGCGGGAACAUCAUUCACAUCAUCGGCCAGAACGACCCUGAAAACAUUAAAGACAUGGUUUACUCGGUGCUGAAGGUCUGUGACGAGAACAAGUUCAGCUCUGUGGCCUUCCCAGCCCUGGGAACAGGUCAGGGAGGGGUCAGCCCUUCAGCGGUGGCUGAUGCCAUGGUGGAUGCAGUGGUGGAGUUUGUGAGGAAGAAACAGCCGAGGUUUGUUCAGAGUGUGAAGAUCCUGAUCUUCCAGACGGUCAUGCUGAACCACUUCCACAUGAGCAUGAAGAAGAGACAGGGAGAGACGGUGGAGGAGAAGAGUGUCUUUGGCAAAUUCAAAGCAAAAUUUCGUCAAGUCGCUUCAGUUCUGGGAUUCGGGUCAGAAGAGUCCAGCCCUGUUGACUUAGUUCUGGAGAGGGAAGAGUUUGAGCCCACAGUGUUUCAGCUGUGUGCCGACGACAACAAGGCUCUAAGUCAAGCCAAGAAAAGGAUUAAUGACCUGAUUGUUGCUGAGCAGGCACAGAAAACCAUCUCUGACCCGUUCAUUAGUCAGCUGUCACAGGCUGACAUGGAGGAGCUGAAGGCUCUGCAGAGGGAACUGACGGUCAGCAUCCGUCUGGACAAAGGAGCAGAAGACCAGGACCCCGAGAUCCACCUGGAGGGUCUGACCAGAGACGUGUUCACUGCUGAGUCUGCAGUCAGGGACAUCAUCCGAAAGGUGGAGAGGGCGGAGAACUCAAAGAGACAGGCUUUGUUAGUGAGCAGCCUGGUAGAGUGGCAGUUUAUAGGCCGCAGUGGUUCAAUGGUGCCGUUUGAUAUUUACACCAACCUCAAACUGGAGGAGGCGCUAGAGAAGAAACAAAAGGUGACGAUCAAGAUCAAUGAUGAAACGUACACCGCUGAUCCAGGACUUAGAAAAGCAGUUUCAGCAAAGAGGCGUAAUGUAGAGCUUCUUCGGAAAGACCUUAAAGGUGAGUCACUUAUCGCUCUGCCUUCUUGCUGGGAGGACAUGAAAGGAGACCUUGUGAAGUUGUUUGCUCUGACUCCAGGAGCUCAGGAAUACAACGAUGUGGAGCAGGAACUGACAAAGGCCGGACUUUAUCUUAACAUCAUCAGCAUUGAACGUGUGCAAAAUCCAGCACUGUGGCAGAACUACCAGAUCCUGAAGAAACAAAUGGAGACAAAGAAUAAACACACAAACAACGAACGGCGUCUGUUUCACGGCACCACUGACACCUCCAUCCAUCUGAUCAACAGCAAAGGCUUCAACCGCAGCUACGCAGGAAAAAAUGGUGCGAUGUACGGCAACGGCUCUUACUUUGCUGUGGACCCAAGCUAUUCAGCAGGGAACUACGCCACGCCCGACACCAAUGGACACAAGCGCAUGUACCAGGCCAGAGUUCUAGUUGGAGACUACGCCCAAGGACGAAAAGGCAUGAUCACCCCUCCUCCCAAAUCUGGGAGUGCCUCAGACCUGUAUGACAGCGUCACAAAUAACACUGCUAAACCAACCAUGUUUGUGGUCUUCAAUGAUAUCCAGGCCUACCCAGAAUACCUAAUUACAUUUACAUGA